AUGGAUAAAAGUUCUCAGCAUUUGCCGCAGCCGCUUGAGCCUAGGCUUCUUCUCUUGGACAUUGGUAAUUUUCAUAAAGGCUAACAUCAGUAAUACACAUACCAGAUUCUUCACAAUACUCGUCAGUGUAUUUGCAAUCAUCAUCUACAUCACAGAAUCGAAUAUCAAGUGUCUUUGGUCCACAAUAAGGUUCUAAUACCUUUCCCAAUGUAAUUAGUGCCAAAAACUGCAAGAGUACACAAAUGA